UCCUCUUUUCAUGAUCAAGCGUGUCAGCUUAUCUCCAGGAGGAAUGACGUGGACAAACGAACGGUCAUGAUGCCGGCACCUCGGAUGGGGAAUACGGAGAUUCCACCAGAGGAUGGUUAUACUUGGAGAAAAUACGGUCAAAAGAAUAUUCUCGGGUCAACAUUCCCGCGGAGCUACUACAGAUGCACCCAUUCCCAACUCUACGACUGCCCGGCCAGGAAGCAAGUCCAUCGCCUCGACGACAACCCCUUCACCUUCCAGGUAACCUACCGCGGGGAUCACACCUGCCACAUGUCAUCCACCGCGCCGUCCGCCUCUCCCACCUCAACGAAACUCAGGCUGCCGCCGCUGCCAGCGCGGACUCUACAACUCGCAACCACCACCGCGUCUCCACCGCCGCCCACCGCAAUCCCUCAACCGGACGCGGCUGUCGAUGGACUUUGGGCUGGGUAGCAGUGGCGCUGGGCCGAGCAUCGGCGUUGGUGGAGCAGGGCCGAGUUCGAUUCUGUUUGGGAGAGAUAUGACGGAGUUUCAACUUCCGGUGGCGGAUUUGGCCGAUGUGAUGUAUAAUUCAGGGAGUAGUAGCAGUGAUAGCAUGGACCUCAUUUUCUCCUAAGGCAUGGAAGAUAAAUGGGAUCGGGAGACAAGAGAAGCAGCUGAUGAUGAUUGCUAGCUAGCUCGACAGCAGGUCUGAUUAUCUCCUGAUGAAAUCAGCGAAGAUUGAGAAAAGUUACAGAAACCCCUAAUUACAUUUGACAAUUAAGAAAGUCCCAAUUAAAACCAUAUUCCGAUCUCUUUGACAUUUUCAAAACCAUUUCUCUUUUGACUUACUUUUUUGGAAACGACUUAAUUAGGGUUGAAAUGUUCAGACGAUGAGAUGGUAAGUA